UGGACGGCGGUCUGGGAGUGUCUGAGCGGCUCGUUAGACGUGAAUCCAACCCGCAGUCGCUGAACCCGGGAGCAUCUGCAUGAACAAUGAACCGGCUGACUUGGACGGAAAUGAUUUGGUGAAACGGAGAUGAACAAGGUGAUGGGAUUGUAAAACGGCACUGAUUUUUCUGGAUAUCUGUGCUGUGAAUGACCUCUAACGGUACAGAGAAUUAGUAAUUUCUAAUACUUUGCUGUCUGCACAGUCAAUCCUCUUACAGGGUGUGAGCGUUACAAUGGCGUGCUUGUGUUGGCUUGUUGAUGAACUUUCACAGUAUAGUCAUUAAAAUAGGCUACACAUCCAAAGGCUUUAUUACCUUAGUGUCUUUAUUUAUUUAUUUACAUGGACAUGUGGUUAUUGAAUGGCCUACAGUCUACUAGAUUUGACCAAAGAGCUGAAUAGUUACAGCAAAGCCAUUCUUUAUACCAAAAAGGAUGCAUUUUUUUUAAUUCUUAACUGGCUCUAACUACAGGGGUGCGUUUUUAUUACAGCAGAUCCCCUCCACUGCAUUGACAUUUUGUUUUAUAUAUUUGUGGCACAAGCUGUUUGAUGUCAUGAGUUGGCCAUCUGUUGUGGGAACCUACUUAAACCUGCAAGCAGAUAACCAGUGAAAGGUCCAGUCUGGACGUUUCUGUGCCUGGACUCAGUUGGCUUCCUGCUGGUUGUGGAGGAAUAAGAGGGAUGCUGAGGGCCACUAUGUGCUCAGUGGAGCAGAGAGAUGAGGAGCAGGAGGAUGAAGCCGAAGAAGAGUUGAGGGAUGGAGGGGUGCCUUUCUAUGUGAACAGAGGAGGCCUCCCGGUGGAUGAGGAGACUUGGGAGAGGAUGUGGCGUCAUGUGGCUCGAAUACACCCCAACGGUGAAGCUUUGGGGAAGGAGACCCGGGGUGCCACUGACCUGCCCAAGAUUCCAAUACCAAGUGUGCCUACAUACCAACCUACCACCACUAUCCCACAGCGCCUGGAAGCCAUGCAGAAAUACAUCAGGGAAUUGCAGUACAAUCACACAGGAACGCAGUUUUUUGAAAUUAAGAAGAGCCGGCCUCUUACUGCGUUGAUGGACAUUGCUAAAGAGAUGACGCGGGAGGCUCUGCCAAUCAAAUGCCUGGAGGCGGUGAUCCUGGGGAUUUACCUCACCAACAACAUGCCUGGUGUGGAGCGCUUCCCCCUCAGCUUUCAGUCUAAUUUCUCAGGGAACCACUUCCACCACAUCGUGCUGGGAGUUCACAGCGGGGGACGCUUCGGCGCGCUGGGCAUGAGCCGGAGGGAGGACCUCAUGUUCAAGCACCUGGAGUUCCGGACGCUGAUGGACUUGGUGCAAGAAUACGAAGGAGCCUACAGGGGCUACUGGCACACCCUGCGCAAGGUCAGGAUCGGCCAGUACGUGUCCCACGACCCUCACAGCGUGGAGCAGAUUGAUUGGAAACAUUCGAUUCUAGACGUAGACAAGCUGACCAAGGAGGAGCUACGGAAGGAGCUGGAGAGACACACUCGGGACAUGAGGCUGAAGAUAGGAAAGCCUGCACCACCCUCUCCCACCAAAGACAGGAGAAACAGCAUGGGUUCACCCCUCAGAGUACCGAGCAGCCCCAUACGCAGGAUCAGCCGUGUUGAGAGACGUCCCUCUGGAGAUAAGAAGGUUGUGGAGCAAAAAUCGGCCGCAGAAAUUAAUGGAUACCAGAUUCGAGUCUGAAGAAGAAUUUUAGCUUGUGAAGUUAAAAGGUACCACACACUUGUUUCACAGAGCCACUGACCCACUCUAUGGCUUAAUUCUUUGUACCCAUUGACCUAUUCACGGGAUGCGAUGUUGAAUAGGUCACCAGCAACUUUUCCUCUCAAAACAAAUGCCUCAUUCAGCUUCCCUAUGUCUACGUCGUUCAAGGCUUUUUCUGAAGCAGUUACUGUGCAUAGUAAUUGGUGCUGGCAAAGCUCCCAAAUUAUAAAAAGGGGACAAAAGUGCAGUACUUUGUAAACAUUUUUAAAUAACUGCAAACUCAACACAACAAGAAAUAUGACUCUUCCCCCGACGCUGGGCGAGACCACCACUCAGUGUAAAUGUGCUGCUGGACAUAUCAAAGGUUACAGUGGUUCAACAAAAGCUCUUAAGGCUCGUCUGCAAUCUGUAAAGUCGUACUGUAAGUGUGCAAAUACAUGUAAUGUCCUUUUAAAUCCAUUUAGGUUCUGCUGGGCAGCAAUUGCUUGUGUAGUGACUCGUUUGCAAACCACUACCCUUGUGCCUUGUGUGAAAACUCAAAGAGAAGGAAAAACACUUUUUAUAACCUCCCCAUUAUUCUCAUUGUCUAAUUAAUCACAUAAGCAGUGUAACAGAGGUUACAAAAUACUGAAAGUUAAUGAAUAUCCAGAUGCUAGCAUGUUAAGCACGCUAUUUACCUUAUCGAGGGUUGAAUACACAAUAUACGAAAGUAUAUUUAAGAGUAUGAAGUCAUCUGUAGUGAUAAUAUGAGAAGCAGUUAUUCUGGCACAUUAACCAAGACGAGUAUCAAGGUGACUGACCUCAUCCGCAUUUAUUGUAGAUGUAAAGUAACAAGAAGUCGGUUUAUAUGAACGAUGUAACUGCUUUAUAUAUACAUUGUUUAUAACUUUUAUUUGUAGCAACUUUAUCUGAUAUUUCACUAGCCUUAAGUGGUAUGACUUCCACUUAAGCUAAGGUGUAAAGAUGUUUGUUUACAGCACUUUUAUCUGCAUUUUGUAUUUUAUUAUUGGAAAUUCUUGUCAUUUUAUACUUCCCUCAGUGUUGGUGAUCACCAGUAGACCAAUAUUUACCACACACUGUUUUGAACAUGUUGCCACAGUCAACAUUUUAAAGUGUACAUUUGGUGUUGUCCAUUUUCAUUUCAGUGCUAUAUAAACACAAAUGUUUUGUACCAAAAGUUGAUUUCCAGGAUCACAAUAAAAGGUGCAAAGUGGCAACACAA